GGGAGGACGUCGUGUGUUCAAAAUUUACGUUCAGGGAGGAAAAAUUAUACGUGCAGCCGAGGAAAUUCGCCGUUUUGCCGUGUGCGUAUCAAUUGGAAUGUUGGUUGGCGUUUCCCGUGGAAGGUCGGUAGUGUAGUUGGGUGGGUGGUUUUCUAGGAAAAUCGGGAAAAUUUUCUGUAAAGCUAAAUGGUUUGUUUACUUCCGAAGCCAGGUUGCAUUCAGUUUUCAAAUCUGACAGUUCGACAGUGUUCGACAUUUGAAAUUUUUUGCUUCUCGCUCCCUUGCCAGCAGCACCAACAGAGCAGAAGCUUUUUGAGCAGAAUAUCUGCGAACCCGUCUCGAGAGUGAAAAAGUUCUCCAUGUUUGAUUCGAGUUUCAAAAUUUAGGUGUGUUUAAGUGUGAAAAAUCGGAUAUUAAGGGCGUUUUAUGGGUGGAAAAUGCGGUUUGAAAGUGUAGAAGAUAUGCAGUGGUGAUUUGGUGCUAGUUUUGUGGGAGGAUGAAAAGAUUUGAAGCUUGAAUUUGGUGUAUGAAAUUUGCCCAUCAAUUAGGGCUCAGCCCCGUACGGUGACCACCCACUGGAAGAAGAUUAGAAAGGAUAUUAAUUAGUGUUGUGUAUGAAAUUGACAUUGUUGAUCUUUUGUUUUGGAUCAAGACGGAUGAACUAUUGAGGAACAUUUCGAGAUGGAUGUGGAUUCGCCAAAUUCUCUGAAACGAUGUUCCAGCGCUCCGCAGAUCAACAAUCUGCUGCCAUCGUCGGCCGUUGGAGUAAAUCAUCCGAUAGUGCCAAUGGACGAAGGACAAUCACAACAGGACAGUAGUGUUGUGGGAUCGACACAACAGCCGUCCUCGCUGCGUCAGAUCAAUCCCAGCAACGGCAGCAGCAACAACAUCAACAAUAACAAUACUAUGUUCCUACAACACCAGCAUCAAUCUCCCAAUCAUCACCAAUCGAUGUCGUCUUCCAGUGCUUCCAAUCUGCAUACCACCGGUUCAUCCAUUCACAGGGAUCCUCCUCCAACUUCCUUUUCUAACAUAUUUACGCGUACGCGUCGAUUUUCGGCCAGUUUUAGCCCGUUGGCCGUAAUGUCCAAUGGCAGUUCUAGUCCCAGUCGAUCCGGCAGCGGCACUUCGGGACCGCGGUUAACACCUCGAAUAUCGCAACUGCGGCAGGAAGAGUGUGCCGAUCUGAGCAACAGCCGCGAGGUGAACCACGAACGGGAAAUCCACUCGGCCAUGCAAAUGUCCCAGAGCUACGAAGAUCUUACCCUGGUCACCGAGAAUUGGUCCUUCUCGUCGAGUGCCAAGAACAAUGACGAUCUGAUCAAUCCGCUGCAAGUUGCCCUGCCCUCGAUCGGAACCAGUUACUGCUCUAGUCCUUCACCCACCAGCCGUGGUGGCAUUGGUUUACAAUACCCUACCACAUCGCCGUCGCCGACGAGGAAGUUUGUCACCAGGCGGUCGAUGUCCCCGUGUCCAAUCAGACCUAGUCCGCUCAGUUCGUCGGUGAAGAGGAAAUUCGAUCUGGAGGAUAACUACGGAAACUGUUGCUCUCCGCCGCCGUUGAAAAAGGUUUUCACUUCUGAAAGAGGUUCAUCUCCCAAUUGCCAGACACCUUCGCCGUCUCCGAUCUGCGCCAGCCCGGACUCUUCGACGGCAUCAUUCGAGAACGGUAGCAACAAUGCUUCGAGCAGCGGUCGAAUAACGCCCAAAUUUUUCGUCACCAAGCUAGCAUCUGGCCAGUCUAGCUUACCCACCGGUGCUGGAGCCGGUGGUAACGGUGCACAAGGCAGCGUUGCUGGAGUCAGCACUGUCAGUAGCGCUACGCUUCCCCUCCAUACCGAUUCGCCACCAUCUUCGUCGUCUUCGUCGUUGAUGAUGAUGGAUUGCGGAGUUAGUAGCAGUAGCGGUCACAAUCAGCUGGACGGGAAGCGACUACUACCGGCAGUUAGUAGCUCUGCAGCAGGAGGGACGAAAAUCGACUGUGACGAGGAUAUUACCGAUAUGAAUGCCGUUGCCAGUUCCAGCUCCAGUAUGGCAACAACCGAAUCAUCGGAAGCGAUGAUGGAGGAAGUGCUGAAGACUACCCGGGCUCUGGAGGAGCGUAGCGAGUCCGAACUUUUGGAUAGUAGCAGUAGUGCAGUAAGCAAUAGUCACAGACUUAGCACCGGAAGCAUUAGCAGUGCCAGUAAUGACAACAACAGCGAAAGCAGCAGUUCUCUCUGUCCAUUGGCAUUCGGAUCGGGUACUACCAACGGAGGCGGAGCGUUCCUGGUAAACAAUAUCGAAAUCGCCGAAACCUGAAUGGGGCUAACGGAUUCGAUGAAUGGUUUUGAUGGGACAAACGUAGUCGUACAUUGCAACCUCCGCUAACAUACACACACAUACAAAUACACGCUUAGGAAAACGGAAGGAGGUUUUGUUUUCCAACAUAUUUUCUCUUAACUUUUCUUUGUAUAGCUUAGCUCUAAGGGUCUUAGAUUUUUCGUUUUGUUCGAUUCAGAUGAAGGAGGGAGAAAUGUACGUGUCUAAUGUCAUUAUUUCGCAUUGUUAGAUGCUAAUUGUAGAUAGUCGAUAGAUGAAAACAUAGAAUGGAAUGAUAUUCACUUGGUAACACACAUACUAAACAGUAAACCAAAUAGGAUCAUUAACACAAGUUUAGAGCACGUUCGAAUAUGUACUACCGUGAUGCCCAGUGCUUCACGUGGUGUGUGGUGUGAAUUAGUUUCGUGAAUCGUUCCGGGUGAUUUAAUUCAGCACAAAACACUGAAGCACGUGGUCUGUUGCAUAGAAUUUUAGGAAUUCACCCAUAUCACAUAUAAAGUUUGAAGGUUCGCCAGAAUUGCAACCAGACCCCCAAUAACCCAGAACAGUUCGUAAUCUAUUUACCAUUUCACUAAGUAGAGUUUCAAAUACCAAAUAACUGAUAAUAUUGAAUGGGAACGGGCGAAUUAAUUUGUCCCUGCAUUACUGAGAUAGCAGCCGAAAGGGGAAAUUGCUAUUUGCCACUAUAAUAAUACCAUCAUAAGAUGAUUCGACGGAGAAUGCACAACACUUUAGGAAAGCAAUACAUUACGCUAUAUAAAUAUCGUAACAGUGUGAAUGUGGUGGAACAUGUUGCACUAUUAGGUACUUGGUUUGUUUUUCUGUGAUUAUUUGUCCCUUCUGCCAGCAGCAAAAUUGACUUCAGUUUCUUGUGCCCUUGGAUUGUGAAUGGAAACUUUGUCUUCGUUCAUUUGUUUAAUGAUAAUCAAUUUACCGGAUGUCGUUCUUUCUUAUGAAUAAAAAAAAAAAACAAUGUGUAUGAAUUUAAUCCAAUCGAGAAUUAGAAUUAGUUGAAUUAAACAAGUGAUAAUAAA